AUUAAGUGUGAUGUAAUUGUUGAUGAUUUGUUGCUGCAAACAGGCCCGGCGUCAUGGGCAGGCAUUGGCGGGCAGUGCCCGCCCACAGAGUCGGCCGUGCCCGCCCUGGGCUGGAAGCUGUUUAUUUUUGGGUUUGUUUUUUUUUUUUUUUUUACAUCGGCGUGGCCAACUUUCUAUUAUUCCUAUCUCGGUUUGUCGAUCAUACAAUUCAAUCAAUCCAACCAACCAAUGAAGGCAACGGGCUGGCCAUUUACAGGUGGUGGGGGCGGGUCAUGAGUGGAUAUCCGUAGUUUUUUCAAAAAAAAUACGCGGGCAAUAAAUAAUGUCGGGAGCGAGCAGGAUGCAGCGGCAGCGCCAUUCACUUCUACUGGAAACAGAAGCACUGAAGUCAACAACAGUAACACUGGAGUAAACAUUCAUGCUAGGAGAGGUAGCUACAGCAGCUAGGGAGCACAAGGAGCAGCACCGAGCAGUGUAACUCACCUGCACGGAAGAAACGUGAGUGACGACGUCGACAACAACAACAACAACAACACAGAGGUUCACAGUAACGCGAGGAGCAACAGGCCAUUGCAGCCUACUGACCUUGGCACAGAAGAGCCCCAAAGACCACUCAUGCAGAGCUUUCCUUCACGCCAUUUCUCAGGGAAAAAAAGGUCAUUUUGCAGUUCCUGGUUUGGAAGCUUUCCCUGGCUGGAGUACUCAGUUCAAGCAGAUGCUGCAUUCUGCUACCCAUGCAGAAUGUUUCAGGGACCCAGACAUGAUCAAACCUUCAGUGUAAUUGGCUUCCACGACUGGAAGCAUGCAAUGGAAAACGAAAAAGGACUAAACAAGCAUGCUGCAUCCAAAGAGCACCUGACUUGUGAGGCCAUGUGGAGGGACAAGCAAAGACGCAUUCACACAAGUAAGGAAAUCUCAACACUAAUUAACACUGAUCAACUGCAGCGCAACAGAUAUUAUCUGUCUGCAAUUAUUGAUGUUGUGGAGUUCCUUGCUGUGAACCAACUGCCCUUUAGAGGUGACCAUGACAGAUACAGUGCUAUGAAUGAAAAUGGAUGUGGGCUAUUUUUGUCUCUAUUUGAGUUUGCACUAAGGAAAGAUGCUGAAUUAGCAAGGAUAGCAAAAACUAUUCCUGGCAAUGCAACAUACACAAGUCACGACAUUCAAAAUAACUUAAUAGAUGUGAUGAGUGCUUUAGUAAGAGAGCACAUUGUAAAAGAAGUUGGCGAAUCAUUCUACACGUUGAAAAUAGACGGAACCAGAGACCCAACAGGGACAGAGAAUAUAUCCAUAGUUCUCCGCUUUUUGAACAAACUGUGCGAACCAACAGAGCGCCUCCUAACAAUAGCCACUGCUGACCAGGGAGAUGCAGUUACAUUGACUGACACCAUCCUAGGAGAACUGACCACAGCUGGCCUGAGCCCUGAGAAAAUCAUCAGUCAGGUGUAUGAUGGGGCCUCGCUCAUGUCGGGCAAACAUGGGGGGGGGUACAGAAAUUGCUGCAGCAAAAACUGGACAGAGAGAUACCAUAUGUCCACUGCUAUAAUCAUCAGCUGCAUUUGGUGGUCAUCCAUGCCCUGGCAGUUGAAAAGGCCGUGACGGACUUCUUCAGUGUGUGUAACAUGCUGUACAAGUUCUGCAGAAAACCAACUGUUGCCAUUCUCUACAAAGGAGAGACACUCAAGCGUCUAUUGGACCAACGCUGGACUGGACAUUUUGCUACAGUCUCAGUCAUUCUGAAAUCAUUUGAUGACCUAUCCACACUGCUCAGAGAGAUUACCUGCAACCGGGCAUUUGGAGUAGAUCUGCGCAUUGAAGCAACAGGAUUGUUGCAGAGCAUGUCUGAACCCAGCUUUAAGUUCAUUGCUGAGAUGGUGCAUAAGAUCCUUGCAUAUCUUGAUCCCCCAAACAAGAUGUUGCAGUCCGAAGACAUGGAUCUGCUUACAGGCUUGCAGCUUGUCUGCAGUGCAUGCACCUGUCUUGAGAAUAUCCGCACUGAGACUGAAUUCCAGGCAAUCCUAGCGCAUUGUGACAGUGUCACAAAAAGGCCAUCAAAAAGAAAGCGGUCUCAAAACACUGCCUUUGCUGACUAUGUUGUUGAAGACAUCAGCACACAUGUAGAUACAAAUGAAGAAACAGAGCUACGCAGGAUUUUUUACAGCUGCAUUGACUCUGUGUGUGGGGAAAUGAAGGAUCGCUUUGGGAAAAAUAACUGUCAACUGAUGGAGGCACUCAAGGCCCUGGAUCCUGUCCAAGGCACAUUCUUGGAUGUGAGCAAGGUAAAACCUUUACUUGACCUCACCAAGACACCUGCUCUGGACUCUGAGUUUGAGGUGGCCUGCAACUUCCUCAGGGCACAGAUGGAAGAGUCUUCUCCACCGGAUGGGGAAAAGUGGACAAUGAAACAGAUCUUGAAACAGUUCCACAGACCCCUGGAAGCAAUGCCUACCGUCUUGACAGCGUUCAAACAUGGCCUGACAUUCGGAGCAAGCACUGCAUCCUGUGAAAAUUCAUUUUCCACUCUUAAGAACGUCUUCACAGAGCAUCGCCAGAGCAUGCUUCAUCAAAGGAAGGCCAACCUCAUCCACUUGGCAUUUGAGAAGGACUUGACCCGAAAAUUCCGGGAUGAGUGGAAGGACAUGGUCUUAAGAAGGUUUCACACAAUCCACAGACGCCGCCUGCCACUCUACUAACACACACACACACACACACACACACACACAAACUUACAGUAGGUUACUUGUAGGCAGAAGGGUUACAUUGCUUUGUGCUGCUCCUUGUGCUCCCUAGCUGCAGUAGCUACCUCUCCCAGCAUGAAUGUUUACUUCAGUGUUCAGGUUGACAUCAGUGCUUCUGUUUGCAGUGAAGCUGCUGUAUGGUGCUAUCUUGCUUUGUUGAAUAAAUGGACACAGCACCACACUAUUUUGUUUGUUUUUUUUUUUUGAUUUUCUGAUGAACUGUUCCUUUUUAGUAAGAGGAAAAUUAUUCUCCGCACUGUAGGAGUGGUCACAGAGCCAUAUUGUUCACCGUGAAGCAAAUGUUUGCCCCACUGAAAAAAUGUAAUGCCCCCCCUUAAAUGUUUUUCUGCAGCCG